AUGGACUGCUCAGUGAACGUUAAUCGCAUAGGCACAAGCGUCAUUAAUAACUACACAUGGCUCAUUCGUCAGUUUAGCUGUAUAGAGAAACUCGCGCCUAAACCACAAUGCCUGCAUAGUCCACAGUGGACCUGCAAUGCGUGUGUAGUCGACGAUAAUGGGGUUUCAUAUAUUCCAGUAAGCUGGCGCGUAAAAUUGCAUCCCAAUGGCAACGCAGAAAGUGUUGCUAACAAUAUCAGUUGUUAUCUCGAAACGAUUUUCCCCGGCGAUGCUCAAACUUCGGCUCGGGUGAACGUCAACUUUUACAUCGGGUUUUACGUACCGGUACAACAAGGCGAGAGAAGAACGAUCAGACUAGUAAAAAGGCGGAGUGAGCGACAUGAUUUUCUAAAAGUAAAGCCCGCAUGGGGAUGGCCAAACUUUUGUUCAAAGACUUUACUCACCGCGGAUCCAUCUAAUGGAAAUAACAACGUCGAAGAUGCCGAAGCAUUAUUGCCUCCUAAACUCCAAUAUAGCGUCGAAGACGACACAUUGAUCGUACAUGUUGUCAUAAUUACGCCAAAUCCUGGAGACGAUAUUGAUGAUCUUGAAAAUCAAUUUGCGGCGAUAAAGAUACGCUCCGGUGUCGUACCAUAUGCCCAGACUUUGAACAAUUCGACAUUCAGUGACAUUAAAUUUUCCGUGGAGGGACGUACAAUACACGCACAUCAGGUUAUUCUAGCCGAGAGAUCACAUUACUUUAAAACACUGAUCAAAAAUGAUUGGAAACAAGAAAUCAAAGAAGGCAAACCAGUUACUAUUGAAGACGUCGAUUAUGAUACUUUUCAUUCUAUACUCUAUUAUCUAUACGCGGGCAGACUUGUUGAUAUUACAGGCGAGACUCAAAUUGAAAAAGUAAUCAAAUUGCAGAAACUGUUCAAAGAUGCCGAUUUACGAAAAACACUCGAAAUUGAUGCAAUGCACGAGUUGAUCGAAAUGAUCUUUGCUCAGCUGGCAUCCUUAAUUGAUAUGGACACUUGGGACAUGCUAUUACGGUUUUCGUGGGAUAGAGAUAUAAUACAAUUGAGGAGGGCUGUCUAUAGAUUUGCACGGAGGAAUUGGAAUAUUGUUCGGGAAUCGGAGGCGUUCAAAGACAUUUUACGUGAUGCCAACGUGGAUUUAAUUGAAGAGUUUAUUUCGCAGAUUAAACCAGAGUGA